AUGCCUCCAUUUCUGACUUUCAUCAACUACAACGGUGGGUGGCAAAGUUACGAAGUUCACGGAAUUAUGCUUGAAGAUGACUAUACAUUCAAGCAAUUGCUAGAAGUCAUCGCAGAAACGAUACAACCGGAAACACCGUUCGACAGAUUUAUUUUGAAAUACCAAGUUAGCGACACGUACCCGCCAAUAGCCAUCACUGAUGACCGAAGUUUCAAUUUUUAUAAAGAAUUGGAAAAACGAGAAACCGAAUGUACUCGCUACCCAAUUUGUGUAAAUCUGCAAAAAAAGAGUUCGAUCCUUGCAAUUCCAAGUAUGAAUAAAAAAAUUGUUGCAACAACAUACACAAACAGAGUAGAGCCACUUCAAUUGAUGCCAAACUCAAGAAGUUACAAUGAAAUGAGGAGUCAUCGCGUGUAG